CUACGCAGCACCCAAAAGUAGCACUUGACGGCUUGCCGAUCUCCCCAGGCCUUCUUGGCCGCAUCAGCCCCACCUGUUUGAACAUCUUGUUUCGAUCUGACGAGGCUCCGUCUUGGUCGCCCUUUGAUCGCCAUGCCACAGUCGCCAAUGAUAUGGAUUCCACGCAAGAAGACUGAGGAGGUUGACUGGACGACGCCGGUUCGCACCGUUAUUACGAACUCAUAUGGGGAAAGCCCCGACUCGUAUGCCGCAGAGUGCGCCCAGCUUCAACGCUUUCGCCAGGAUGCUGUGAGAGGUGCUGGCUCCGAUCUGACGGCCCGCGAUCUCCUUUACAAAUACUUUGGUCAACUUGAGUUUCUCGAAUUGCGUUUCUCUGAGAUCAAAGUCCCCUUUCCUUGGCAAGAUGCCUUCACCAACAAGCUAACCACCCAAACUUCCCUCGCUUUCGAAAAAGCCAGCAUCAUAUUCCAGAUGGGUGCGACGCAUUCGACUAUUGCAGCAGCACAGAUGCGGUCGGAUCCCGAGGGCCAGAAGCGCGCAUUCCAUUACUUUCGCUGCGCCGCAGGCAUGCUCACCUAUAUAAACGAGAAUUUCCUGCACGCUCCCAGCACCGAUAUGAGCAAAGAGGUUGUUAAAUAUUUGGUCGGCAUAAUGAUGGCUCAGGCGACGGAGAUUUUCUUGGAGAGAGUUAUUAACGAAAAGAAGGGAAAUGCGUUGAUAAGCAAGGUCGCAUCACAGACGGCGUCCUUGUAUGCUGGGUUGACAGAAGAAGUCAAAGAUUUUUAUGGAAAGGGAAUCAUCGACCGCAAUUGGGUAAAUUUAAUUCAGAUAAAAGCCACAUACUUUUCCGCCCUGACCCAUUACCACCGGCAUCUCGUCGAUGAUGCCGCGUCCAAACAUGGGGAUGCCCUUUCGCGAAUCCAGUUAGCUGAAUCCCAAGCUAAGGAGGCACAUAAGACUUGUGUAUCAGCAUUUACACCCUAUUACCUCUCAAUGAGCACACAAUCAUCCGGAAGUAUGUUCAUGGACAUCAAGUGGUCUUCGUAUCCCACUCUUCCACCCGAUGCAUCCUCCGCUCUGACGGAGAUUGCACAAGCCUUAAGCAUUCUCACCAGCUCUACACUCAAAGAGUACUCACGAACAAAUGACCUCAUUUACAAUGCAGUCCCGACACCAGCGGCUAACCUUCCUGCUGUCGAAAAGCUGGUUGUGGCACGUCCCAUUAGUAUACAGGAACUUUAUAAUGGGUCAACAGCGGGCGCCGCUCCAAGUUCCAAACAAGGGCCCUCCGCAGCCGCCCCCUCCCCGUCGGAGAUGCAGCGAGUAAUAGGCCCCGAUCUCUUCGCGAGACUUAUUCCGAUGGCAGUUCACCGUUCCGCAUCGAUAUACUCUGAGGAGAAGGCGAAAGUCGUGCGCGCAGAAGCUGAGAGAUCCGAAAUUGCAGACGCUGCCGCUUCAGAGGCUUUAGGAAAACUCGGACUCCCGGGAGAUCUGAACAGAUGGAAGGAGAUUAUUGAUGCUGAAGAAGGCGGUAGUGAAGACGACGACGGAAUCGCCUCGGGCUUCCCUCAGGAAUUGAAAGUUUGGGGAGACGACAUCCGCCGUGUGGGGGGGUUAGCUGGAUUCAAAAAGUCUCUGAGAGGGCUCGAGGAUCUGAGAGCGAAAACUGCUGAAGAACUUGAUGCGACCCGAAACGAGUUGGACGAAGAAUCCCGGGAGUGCGAGAUUAUGAGGGUCAAGUACGAACACGAGUUUACACAGGCCCCGUCCGCUCCGCUCACCCGCGAACUCCGUGCCGACUUUAAGACACGUUCGGAGACUUUCACUGCAGCGGCUGCUUCCGAUAGUCAGAUCACCAGCCUCCUGAGCGAAUUUGAAGACGACAUUGACCUCCUCCAGAAGGGGGUUCCAUCGUUACUUGCCGUGUGGAAGCAGGCCACGGGUUCAAACGAGCCACAGCCGGGUUUAGACAGUUUACUGGACCUUGACGAGGGCGGUAUGGGAGGACAGGGCGAGAAGGAAAAGGUCCUGAACGAGAUUAAGUCCAGUGUACGAGAGAUCGGGGAAAAGCUUGGCACUUUGAACAAGAUCAAAAGGGAAAGAGGAGUCGUACUAAAGGAUUUGAAAGAAAGAGUGCAGAAUGACGACGUUUCUCACGUUCUCAUUCUCCAUUCCAGGUCCCCAAAUCCAUCCGCAAUAGAACCAACUAUCUUCGCAAACGAACUCGAGAAAUUCCGUCCUUAUCAAGCUAAACUAACUACACUGAUUCAGCAGCAAGAAGCCUUGUUGGACGAAACUGCUGCACUAUGGAAGGCUCUAACAAAAGGCAAGGGUCGAUCAUGGGUGAAAGGCGCGGAAGAGAAAGAGAAAAAGAAAGCGGAAGUCCUUGGUCGGUUUGCAACGGCCUACGACGCGUGGCUAACAAUCAGCCAUGGGCUAGAGAAAGGGACUCAAUACUACAAGCAGCUAGGAGAAUUGGUCAGUGAACUCUACCAGAAGAUCCGUGAGUUCGUUCGACCGAGAACGAGGGAACGAGAAACUAUUGUGGCUCGAAUCGAAACUAAGCGUCGCCUGAAAUCUCCGCCGCCAUCUUCGUCUGCGCCUCCACUGGUUCCUGAGAAACCUCGCGUGCCUCCUCCACCUGGCCCAGCGGGACAGGCACCAAUCCUAUCGGGUUUAUCCUCAUCUUUCUCGGGAUUGGGCCUGUCGUCCCCUGCACCCCCACGUCCGCCAGCGUCUGCUCCUGAACGACGACAAAACAUCCCCACUACGAGUACAUAUUCUUCUCCCCCUCAGGCUCAUUACACUAGCCCAAUACUUCCCCCGCCACCAACUCCCUACAAUCAACCAAACGCAUCGCCACCGUCGCUUGACCCAUAUGCCGACUUGUUCAACACACCUGGAAUUUCCUCCGCCUUCUCGCUAAAUACCUCGUCAAAUUCGCAACAACUCUUUAUUCCACCUCCACCGCUACCUCCAACUAGUCAUUCUUCACCUCCUUCACAACAGACUUCUGGCUACUACAGCGGCUCCUACCCAGCUUUUCCGCCUCCCCCUUCCCGACCACCUGCUCAAUAUGGACAAUAUGGUCUACCUCCCCCACUACCUCCUCCCCCUCCCAGUAUCUCGCCGCCUAGUCAAUACUCUCAAUAUCCGCCACCUCUAGCACUCCAGCAGGCUCAGCCUCAAUUGCAUAGUAACCAAAAAGAAGUUUACUCGAGUCCGGGAAAGAAUCCGGCGCCAACCAGGCCCACAAGCCCGCCACAAUGGUAUGGACAGGACCAUGGCCAACAAGGAUAUGGACGAUAAAAUGGCAUUCUAGGACUGGUUCCCCGCUAGCGCCGGAGCACCACACAUAUCUGUCGCAAAAUAUCAUACUUUUUGUGUUGUUAAUUGUGUAUCUGACCUAACGUAGUUGAUUCAAUUAACGCUGUGAUGUAGGAAACCGACGAGACGAGUCAUCACUUGAAGCAGAGAAGCCCUAUUAGUAUGCGUGUCGCUUCCUUGUCAGGCUGAGCGACUAAUGUAAUGUUAUGCGCUGUGUUAGAAUAUCAAAUAGGGAAAUGUGUAGUGACGAAGAAUAAUGUGUGGCGGGGGCUUUGAUGAAGCAGGAGGG